CGAAGAUGUGGUACAACAAAACAAAAGUGUAAACAGAAAUAGUAUAUUUAAUGCGCUGAAACAAAAACAGAGAAAGAGCCACAAUUUAUUAAUUUGGAUUUCAGAGAGUCUGAGAGCCAUCGCUUUUGCGUUUCGUACCUCUUCCUUGCCUGCCUCCCUUAAGGCAUACCUCAAUUUGAAAAGAUAGAGCAGUAUUAUUUGCAAUCUUUUGAAAGGCUUCCAUAACACUCUUCGUUGAGAUCAACCAUGUCCUGCUGCUUCUUUCAAAAAAAAACUUUUGUAAAAGAAAAGGAAUACAACGAUACAUGGAGAAAACAAGUCAUAUAUCAGUUGCUUACGGACAGAUUUGCUAGGGACGAAGAUGACUUUGAACAUCCAUCUCAAGGAAGAACAUACUUGGGAGGGACUUGGAAGGGUGUCACAAAAAAACUCGACUAUCUUCAAUUACUUGGUUGCACGGCCGUAUGGAUUAGUCCAAUCGUAAAGAAUAUUGAAGGCCAAACAGGCUAUGGAGAACCUUACCAUGGCUAUUGGACGCAGGACUUUACGAAACUCAAUAGUCAUUUUGGCACUUCCGAAGAUCUUCAAGAUUUGGUUAAUAAUCUUCAUAAGCGUGGAAUGUUGUGUAUGGUGGAUAUCGUCGUUAACCAUAUGGCGCAUCCCGGAAAAGAGGCAGUUGACUAUUCACAGUUUACUCCAUUUAAUCAGGCCAAUGAUUUCCACCCCUGGAAGUAUAUUCAGGAUUAUAACAAUCAAGACGAAGUUGUUUCUGGUUGGCUUGGAGAUGAUUGCGUGAAUUUGCCUGACAUAAAAACAGAAAAGUCCAGCGUACGUAAGUUUUUCCAAAAAUGGAUCAGUGAUUUAGUAAACACGUACAAAUUCGAUGGUAUGAGAAUUGAUACUGCCAAACAUGUUGAGAAGUCAUUCUACCCUCCAUUCAUUAAAUCAGCAAAUAUCUUCGCAGCAGGCGAAAUCUUCCAUGGCAAUCCGAAAUAUGUCGGAGUUUAUCAAGACUACAUGCCUUCAGUGAUUAAUUUCCCACUCUAUUAUCAAUUGCGUGAGGCGUUUUCAUACCCCCGAAUUCCGAUGUUUGAGUAUUACCAGAAAGGCGUCUUAGAUAUUAGGCAUAAUUUUAGAGAUCCAACCAUACUAUGCAACUUUCUUGAAAAUCACGACGUGCCUAGGUUCUUCUCUCAAACACAAGAUAAUGCUUUAGCGCUUAAUGCCAUUGCUGCAACAAUUUUUUCAGAUGGUAUACCCGUUAUUUACUAUGGCCAAGAACAGAGAUUCAGCGGGGGUAAUGAUCCUGACAAUCGAGAAGGACUAUGGUUGAGUAAAUAUGAUACUUCAAACUUUUUGUUUGAAUGUAUUUCAACAUUUAUCCGUCUUCGACAAAGCUUGAUAAAGAAAAAUCCAAAAUUUUGCGUUCAACUUUCUCAAAAAAUAUAUCUUGAUAAAAGGGUUUAUGCGUUUUACAGGACAGGAGUACUGAUUGUUCUGUGUAAUGGCGGAAGACAAACAAGAAAGACAAUUAUUGUAGACACUUCCUCUUUCUCACAAAACCCAAAUCAGGUCUACGUGGAUGCUUUCAGUAAAUCUCGUCUACAAUCAAGUGAACAGAAACUGAAUCUUACAAUAAAAUACGGACUUCCUAUGUUGCUAGUACCUUCAGAAUGAAAACAGAUAUUCAGGCGCUUUUAACUUCAAUUCUUCCAGUUUCUUUACCUAGAUAGGUUUUUGAUGAUAUUCCAGAAUGAUUACCUGGUGUUUCGCUUUUAUGGGUUAACAAAUAGAAACCCUUUUUCCUUUAUCAUUUAUAGAGUAGACUUGACAUCUUUAAUUAUAACAACAUCAACUUAUUGAAAUAAUAUGCCAACUAAGAAAGAAGUUCUACUUCAUCCAAUAGAGAACGAACUUUCUCAUGAGAAUUAAGAUUUUCAAUAUGCUCCAAAAGCCGGCAUAAUCGAAAUAUCCGAGUUGAGGACCAACUUUUUGUGUUUUUUAUGAUAUCUCCAUUUACAAAGGGAAUCUCACUAAGUUCCUCUUCUUCGAUGCUUUCUAAAUCCGAUAUCGACAAAUACGAGAGUUCAAGCUGCCGUAU